AUGGCCGAUUCGGAAACCACCUCCAAACUCUUGGUCUCCGCUCGGGAUGCCAACGACUACGUUAGAGCCGUGCUGCAAGCCAACGGUGUAUACGGCCAAGAUGCAGCAACGGUAGCCCACUGCCUCGUUGCUGCCGAUCUCCGUGGCGUAGACACCCAUGGCGUCAACCGUAUACCAUCCUACCUCGCCCGUGUCCGCCAAGGAGUCCUGGAUCCCACCGCUCAACCCACCAUCAUGGAAAAGACUCCUGUUGUCGCUCAAGUGGAUGGCAAAAAUGCUUUUGGCUUCGUUGCAGCGAAAUUGGGCAUGGAGAAAGCGAUCGAUAUGGCUAAGACCUUCGGUAUCGGUAUGGUCAGCGUGAAGCACAGCAACCAUUUCGGCAUGAGUGCUUGGCUGGUGCAACAAGCUCUGGAUGCCGGGACGAUGAGUCUGGUGUUUACAAACUCCUCACCCGCCUUGCCGGUCUGGGGUGGCAAGGAGAAGUUGAUGNGGGUCUCGCCGAUUGCUUGUGGAGCUCCUGGUGCCGAGCAUGAUUUCAUCCUAGAUAUGGCGCCUUCGGUCGCUGCGAGGGGAAAGAUCUACAAGGCUAAAAGAAGAGGUGAGAAGAUACCGGUGGACUGGGCUUUGGACAAGGACGGAAACAGGACUGAUGAUCCGAGUGCUGCGCUCGGGGGUGUCAUGUUGCCAAUGGGCGGACCAAAGGGUUCGGCAUUGUCCAUCAUGAUGGAUGUGUUCUCUGGCGUCUUGUCCGGAUCAGCAUUUGCUGGACAUGUUACUAAUCCUUACGAUCCGUCUAAGCCGGCGGAUGUGGGUCACUUUCUCAUUGCGCUGAAGCCCGACCUUUUCCUCAGCUCGGACGAGUUCAAGCAGAGAAUGGAGUAUCUCUAUAACAGAGUAAGUUUGCAUCGGUAUAUGACAGAUACCAUUGGCACUAACAGAAUUCAGGUCGUCAAUUGUGAGAAGAUGGCAGGGGUAAACAGAAUCUACUUCCCAGGAGAGAUUGAGCAGUUGACAGAAGCGGAAAGAAGAAAAUCAGGCAUACCGUAUGUGGCAGCCGAGAUUGAAGCCUUGAACGCUGAGGCAAGGCGAGUCGGUGUACCAGAUAUAGUCGUGUCACAGUAG